UCCAGGGUGGCUUUGGCCCAAGAGCUGAGCUGUCAGUGCGCCUGCGCAGGAGGCUAGUUGGCUGGCAAAGCUGAGCGGACUAGCCUCCCGGGCCGGGUUGUCAGUGCGCCUGCGCGCGGGUCUGGAGCCGAGGUUCUUCACUGUGCUGCGCGAGGUGCCGGGUGUAGUCAUGCAGGGAGCGGACUCCGAGUGUCCCUCUAAGAGGCCCCGAUGCGAUGGCAACCCAAGGGCCCCGCCAAACACUCCUUCCGCAGCAGCAGAGAGGUCCCCGGGCCCCGUACUCCACCCAGACCACCAGACGUGGGGCCCGGAGCAGGUGUGCGCCUUCCUGAGGCGCAGUGGCUUCAAUGAGUCCGGGCUGCUGAAACGCUUCCGAGAAAAUAAAAUCACAGGCUCACUUCUGCCCUUUCUUGAUGAGUCUCUUCUUGAAAAUCUUGGAAUAAGUUCCUUGGGGGAGAGAAAGAAGCUGCUCAGUUAUAUCCAAAGUCUGAGUCAAACUCACAUUGAUACAAUGAAGGUAAUAAACGAUCCUAUCCAUGGCCACAUUGAGCUCCAUCCUCUCCUCAUCCGAAUAAUUGACACACCUCAAUUUCAGCGGCUUCGAUAUAUUAAACAGUUGGGAGGCGGUUACUAUGUUUUUCCAGGAGCUUCACACAAUCGAUUUGAACAUUCUCUAGGAGUAGGAUAUCUGGCAGGAUGUCUAGUUCGUGCCCUACGUGAAAAACAACCAGAGCUGCAGAUAAAUGAACGAGAUAUGCUCUGUGUUCAGAUUGCUGGGCUUUGCCAUGAUCUAGGUCAUGGGCCAUUUUCUCACAUGUUUGAUGGAAGAUUUAUUCCACUUGCUCGCCCAGAGGUGAAAUGGACGCAUGAGCAGGGCUCAGUCAAGAUGUUUGAGCACCUAGUUAAUUCUAAUGGACUCAGAGAUGUCAUGCAACAUUAUGGUCUCAUCCCUGAAGAAGACAUUUGUUUUGUCAAGGAACAAAUUGCAGGACCACUUGAAUCGCCUGUCAAAAAUGCUUCGUGGCCAUAUAAAGGGCGUCCUGAAGAGAAAAGCUUCCUUUAUGAGAUAGUGGCUAAUAAAAGAAAUGGCAUUGAUGUGGACAAAUGGGAUUAUUUUGCUAGAGACUGCCAUCAUCUUGGAAUUCAAAAUAACUUUGAUUACAAGCGCUUUAUUAAGUUUGCACGUGUCUGUGAAGUAGAUAAUAAGAAGCAUAUUUGUACUAGAGAAAAGGAAGUUGGGAAUCUGUAUGACAUGUUCCACACACGCAAUUGCUUACACCGCAGAGCUUAUCAACACAAAGUUGGCAACAUCAUUGAUACAAUGAUCACAGAUGCUUUCCUUGAAGCAGACUCCUUCAUAGAGAUUACAGGUGCUGAAGGAAAAAAAUUUCACAUUUCCACAGCCAUUGAUGACAUGGAAGCCUUUACUAAACUAACAGAUAACAUUUUUCUGGAGAUUUUGUACUCUACUGAUCCCAGAUUGGAUGCAGCAAAACAGAUUUUAAAAAAUAUUGAGUACCGUAACCUAUACAAGUAUGUGGGUGAGACUCAGCCAGUGGGACAAGUAAAGAUUAAAAGGGAAAACUAUGAAUGCCUUCCAAAAGAGGUAGCUGAUGCUAAACCUAAUAAUGUAUUUCUAGAAGCUGAACUGCAGGCUGAAGAUUUUGUUGUGGAUGUUAUCAACAUGGAUUAUGGAAUGGAAGACAAGAAUCCUAUUGAUCAUGUUCGCUUCUAUUGUAAGAGUGACCCCAGCAAAGCCAUUAUGAUUACUAAAAAUCAGGUUUCACAGCUUCUGCCAGAGAGAUUUGCAGAACAGCUAAUUCGAGUAUACUGUAAGAAGACAGAUGAAAAGAGUUUGUUUGCUGCACGACAACAUUUUGUUCAAUGGUGUUUAAUCAAAAAUUUCACCAAGCCACAGGAUGGUGAUAUUGUAGCCCCACUCAUAACACCUCAAAAGCUGGAGUGGAAUUACCCAGAUUUAGCCCAGAGUCCAGCUCGCAUCCGAGAAACAUCCAAAUUCAGAGUCCAGCUUUUUAAGGAUGACCCUGUGUGAAUGGCUUCAAUCAGUUGUUUGCAAAAGCCCUCCCUCCCCUCACACAAUUAAUUUGGGGAAUUCAAUUAACGUGUUCCACAUGUUUAGUGACAACUUGUGCUUUUUAUUUUAUGUUUUGAAUGUACACACACACUGAACCUAAGUACUUUUUAUUCAAAGAAACAUAAAAAGUUAUUAGGCAAAUCUUGCUAUACUAUGAAAGAUAUAACCUUGCCUAUUUUUAAUAUUACUUAAAACUUUUCUCCUUUAGUAGUCUUAUUUUUUUAUGAUAAGUACUCUCAUAUACUCUGAACUCUAUGACAGAUGAUUGUGUGUGUGUGUUUUUUUUUAAGAAUUUGAAGUUGGGCUUGUCAUGAACAGCCUUGCUUAAAAAUGAAACAUAAAAUCCUAGACGCUUGAGAAUAUACUCAUCACCCCAAAAUUUAGGAUAGCCCUUCUUAAAUAAUCUAAACAUCAGUGAAAGACACCUUCCCUUACCCUUUUGAUCCCUAGUAAGCUGCUAAGUUGGGUAAACAGUACAAGAUGAGGGCCAGGAAAUGGGCUCCAGGUCUGGUGAGAGUCCGGCUAAGUUAUUCAGAAGCCCUGAGGGCUCUGACCUUCUGUCAAGUGGGACCUUAAACUGUCUCUUAGGAGACCUCUGUCCCCAAUAGCAGAAAGAGCCCCCAAACCUGUCUGUUCUCUGUGUCAUUGCGGCUCAGACCCAGGCAGUGUUUCUUUCCUGCGUGCUCACAGGGCUUUACCACUGCCCCACUCCGACCUUCUCUGUAGCUCCCUUGGGAGCUGCCAGAGGGCAUCACAGCAGCUUCCUCCAGCCUACCCGGAGCAAGGACUGGUCAUGCUGUGUCAGUGAGUUUUGCAGGUUUCAGAGCAAAGACUGAGGUGCCUAUGCUGAGAUUGGUGACUACGCAGUGAAUUCCAUGUUGCCCUCUGUGACUUUAUUUUCCCAGCACUUGCACUUUGCCUUCAGCAAGGGAAGAGGCAGUACCAUGGUCGCUCGAGCAGUACUCCCAGGGUGUCUUCCCCCUUACCCAGUCCUACAGAAAUGCACCAAAAACGAAGUGUAGGGUUAGAGCCCCAGCCUGUGCUGGUCAGAGGAUCCUAAAGAUGCAGGGCAGUGGGGGAUGGAAGCCAUUGGCCCCUAAAAUCUACUUUGACACUCCCUUGACAAAAGCCUCCUUGGCAGGCUCAGGUGAGGAAGUAGCCCUAGCUUUGAGCAGCCAGAGCAAGCAAGAGGAACCCAGACCACCGGCCAGCAGAUGAUCCAUGGUGUCCCAGGAAUGCUGUCACCUUCCACUCCACAACCAAGUUCUAUUCUGUUGAUACUAAGGUCAAGAAUAUUUGAAAUGUCUGUGCCAGCCUGUUUAUUACUCUCCUCUCCCCUCCCCACCCUGCCUCCUAUCCUCAGUAGAUACUCAAGGGUUGACCAUAAUCCAUAGGAAAAUAGUUGAAAUGCUUUCCCACCCCCACCCCCACUGAGAUGCUCUGUGGCUGGGGAUGUGGUUCCCAUGUGCGCUCACUGAAGCACAGGGGAGCUCUGCCGUGGUCCUGAGUACUGGUAUCACAUCUAUCUUAGCCAGGGUGCCUUUAAAAUACUCUUGUGGGGGAGGGGAGGAUUGAGAACUGCAGGUCUUAGACUGUGUGUCCAGACCCAUGGUCAAGAAUGUAAUCUUUUUCUGCUAAGAUUGUUUUGUGUCUGCAAAUCAUACCUUUAAAUCAUUUUAGUUUACUCUGGAAUUUUGUGGUCCCAAUAUUGUAUCAUUGUUCUAUCCAAGAAAUAACUUGAAUCUAUUUUGUUUGCAUCUUUUGUCACAAGUAAGGUAGUGGCACUUUAUGCUCUUUGCAACUGUUUUAAUUUUGAGAACUAUGUGCCAUUUACAAGGUUAAAUUUUGUUAAGAACAUCUUCACUAAUUGUAUAAAAAUGGAGACUGUAACAGCUUAGCCUCUAACGUUACUGAACAUUGUCACCUUGAGAAUGUAAAUAGAACUGCAAAUUAAAAUGACUGGUUAUUCAACUGGGUGAGGGAAAUAACUGCAAUAAAACUUCAUGAAUGUAUCUCCAUCUCAAA